AUGAAAUUUAGUUUUCCACCUAUGAAAUUCUUGCUUUUUGUGCCCAUUCUCUUUUGGAGAACGACUUUUACGCUUAAAGAUCAUUGCCGGCGGCUCUCGUUUGGCUCACCGUUUCAUAACAAAGCACUUGUUAACCAUGUGAUCAAGAACAUAACGUUAGGAUUGGGAAUGCGUAGUUCCUGUAGAGGGCGAUGCAUUUUGGACGACAACUGUGUGUCCUACAACAUAGGUCCUCCAAUAAAAGACCAAGUUUUGUGUCAGCUGAGUGAUUCUGAUCACAUCCAGCAUCCUAAAGAUCUUGUUACUCAAGAAGGGUUCGUGUAUCGAAACAGUGAGAACUCAUGCUUAAAUAACCCAUGUCCUCAGAAUAUGACCUGCUUAAAUGGAUUUACGGAAAAGGGUUACCUCUGUGUAUGUCAGUUUGGUUAUACUGGGAAGAAAUGCAAAAUAGGUAAUGAGUGUGAAGAACGAUAUGGGUCCGAAGGCAACCGAGCCUAUUCCUUGAAUGUGGAUUCAUUGUCAUUUCCUGUGUAUUGUCACAUGACUGGUCUUGGUGCGUGCGGAGGUGCCGGAUGGACGAUGGUUAUGAAAAUAGAUGGGCGCAAGAGAACUUUCCAUUAUGAUUCCAAGUAUUGGAGCAACAAAAAUUCCUUCAACUUACCAGGAGGAAAAACUGGGUUUGACUCGCAAGAGACCAAGUUACCGACAUACUGGAAUACACCUUUCUCCAAGAUCUGUCUUGGUAUGAAGGUUGACCAACAGCUCAACUUUAUUGUCAUUAACAGAGAGGCUGAAUCUUUGUACUCACUGCUUGCUGAUGGAAAAUACCGCAAUACCUCAUUGGGUCGGGACACAUGGAAGACGCUGAUAGGCUCGCAGGCUUCCUUGCAGCUUCACUGCAACAUGGAGGGCUUCAAUUGUGAUGGUGUAAAGACUAAAACAAGGAUUGGGAUCGUUUCUAACGAGUAUUUGAAUGCCUGCGAUCAAUGUGAUUCAAGAAUUGGUUUUGGUGGCGCAGGAUCAUAUGACGAUAAUAACUCGUGUGGUAACGUUGCUGUUUGGAACCCUGACAAUGGUGACAAAUACAUUAAAGCCAUGGGAUACAUUUUUGUUCAGUAG